CUAUCAGCCAUUUUAUUGAAAAAUUCUACACCAGUGUUUUUGAAAGAAAAGUUUGAAACUUUGGUUCGAAGGAAAAAAAAUGUUGGCGAAAAAGAAAAAACGUUUUUUAACGUUCGAAGAGCAACACGAAGUUAUAAAAAAGAUUAAAUCUGGCACGUCGAAUGAAGAAAUUGUCCGUGAAUAUGGAAUAAGUAUGUCAACCUGCUGUCGACUAUUGAGUCGAGAAUCGAAACUGUUACAAAAUUUUUGCAAUAAUUACGAAACGAGGAAGAAGAAAACAUCGAAAACAAGUUCCGACGAAUGUUUAGAAGCCGCUACCUUAAUUUGGUUUCAACAAGCCAGAGACAGGGGCGAAUCAAUUAACGGUCUAGCUAUUCAAGAAAAGGCUCGCAGUUUUAAUAGAAAAUUAUCAUUUUCUCCAAAAUUUAAAGCGAGCAACGGUUGGCUACGGAAUUUUAAACGACGUCACGGUAUUAAAUCCUACGAAUUCGAUAGUAGGGAAGAUUUCACAUGGAUACUAGAAGAGAAAAUGGUUAUGGAAAAUUUACAAUUGGAUAAUAUUUACAAUGCGGAUGAGUGUGAGAUUAAUUGGCAGACGCUAAUUUCUUUCGGACAAGAGAAAAAUAUAAAUACUGGUGAAAAUGAAUUUGACGACAAAAUGACAACUUUAUUUUGUGCCAACGCAAAUGGCAGUUAUAAACUUCCGCUAUUGACAAUUUGUAAGGAAAAAUUGCCGGAAUGUUUUAUGAUAAAAGCAGUCACUCGAACUUUUGGAAUGAAGCGUCUGCAAUUUUUAUCCAAUUUCAAUAUUGUUUACACCAAUCAACAUGAAUCGUUAAUGGACAAAGAAAUAUUCUUACUUUGGUACAAGGAAAUAUUUAUUCCAAACGCUAUCGAGCAUCGAAAAAAUUGUCGUUCGAGUGGGAAAAUUAUUCUAAUUCUCGACAAUUGUCCAUCACAUCCAUCCUUGAAUGCUCUGAAUGAAGUGAAUAAAGACGUUCAAGUUGUUUAUCUACCGGCAAAUGUGCCGGCCAUGAUUCAACCCAUGAAUCAUGAUUUAAUGGUAUUCUUUAAAAAACAAUGUAAAACGAAAUUAUUGCAAAUUGCAUUGUCGCAUAUUGUAGGCAUUGCAGAUUUUCUAAAGACUCUCGAUCUAGCAGUUAGUCUUGGACUCAUAAGCAAUAUAUGGUGUAAACUGAAAUUAACAACACUGGGGAAAAUCUGGAAACCACUUUUAGGUGACAGGUGCAAUCACGAGGAAAGUGAUCCGAAUGAUUUAUCGCACGAUUCGAUUGUCGACGAAUCGUUAAGUUUUCCCCACAAAAUUGCCGAUCAAUUUCUUCAAAUUUUAAUUACAUCGAAUUCCUCCCGCAGAAUUACAAAAGAGGAUCUUAUAAUGUGGUUUGAAACGAAUGAUAUCGAUUGUGGUUGGCGACCAUUGACGGAUGAUGAAAUAGCAGCACAGUUUAUUAAUAAACGAAGAUUAUCGACGAAUAGUAAUCAAGACAGAAUCAUUGAAUCUGUGAAUAUCAAAGUGGAGCAAAUGGAAUACCAAGAGGAUAGUAACGAACAAGUUGAAAUCGAAUUCGAAAAUAUUAAAUCGGAACAAUAUGAAUACGCCGAAUUGGCUCAACAUGGAAAAAUUGAUCCUAACAGUGAAUGUGGAAAUAUUAAAUCGGAACAAACUGAUGAUAAUUGUGUCGAAUUGGCACAAUGUCAACUAAUUGGUGGUAGUGGGGAAUUUCAAAGUGGAAGCCGAAAUAAUAAAUCGAAAAGAGUUUUAAAUCCCGAAGGAAAUAGACAACGUUAUCAAAUUGUAGAGUCUGAAAUAACAGUGUCUGAAGCGCUAGAUUCUUUCAUGAAAUUUAAGAAGUGGUCCGAAACUUGUCAACUUUUUUCAAAAUUACAUAUUGUUUGCAUAGAGGAAAUUCAGGAGAUAAUCGAACAGAAGAAAAAUUCUUCUUAAAAACUUAACACAAUUUAUAAAUUUUAUAUGUAUAUAAAAAUUUGAAAAUAAAAUCUAGCUUUUAUAGACAAUAAUUA